AUGGACAAUGAAGUGAUUGAGGAUGGUGAUGACAUCAAUUUGGAAUCAUUUGGUAAUGAAAUUGAUGCUCCUCCCGGAUGUAGAGAUAGAAAUCAUUCUAUUCAAGUUGAAGAUGAAGAAGAUGAGGAUGAGGAUGAUGAUAAUGAUGCUAGUGGUGGAGCAUUUGUGGAUGCACAAAGGAAUGGUUUUGGAAUUUGUAUAGAUAUGGACAAUGAAGUGAUUGAGAAUGAUGAUGACAUCAAUUUGGAAUCAUUUGGUAAUGAAAUUGAUGCUCCUCCCGGAUUUAGAGAUAGAAAUCAUUCUAUUCAAGUUGAAGAUGAAGAAUGA